UUCAGCUCGCACUCCUCCCCGUCUGUGUGUAAGCCCAGUGCCACUUGUCGUGCCCUGAGUCUCCUCGUGUGUGCCUGGGUGUGUGCUGGGUGUGCGCCUGCAUGUCCGCCUGCCGCCGAGUCCCGCUCCGCCUCCGCUCAUGCCACCGGCAGCAUCCUGGUGUCUCCGUGCCUGCCUGUCUGUCUGUCUGUGCGUCUGUGUGUGCUCAUGAGAAGAGAGGAGCGAGGGGAGGCGAGACCGUCACGUUUGUAGGAAGUGUCAGCAGCCGAUGCGAAGUGUGAAAGAAAACUCUGCCAUCUCUCGGGCUGCUGCAAGUGGACAGACCACCUCACAUAAUGCCAUCUUUUGAUGAGGUUUUGAAGGAGGCCGGGGAAUUUGGAAGAUUUCAAAAGAGGGUCUUUUUCCUCCUUAGCCAGACAGGCAUAACUUUUUCUUCCCUGUUCGCCAGCGUAGUUUUCCUUGGGCAGGCACCAGAGAACUUCUGGUGCAGGAUCCCUGGGGCAGCUGAGUUAAGUGAACGAUGUGGCUGGACACUGGAAGAGGAACGAAACUUCACGGUACUGCCCCUGCACCUGGGGAACAAGUCCAUCAGUGGGGAGUGCGAGAGGCUGGAUGUCACUUGGGACACCUCUGUCAGCUGCACCAGCCCGCUUGCCCGCUAUGGCAAUCACAGCACGGGCAACCUGCCACUCGCCACUUGCCACGAUAACUGGGUCUAUGAACAGCCCCACUCAUCUGUUGUCAGCGAGUAUGAUCUUGUGUGCGCCAAUGCCUGGAUGCUGGAUCUCUCACAGGCCAUCCUCAAUCUGGGGUUCCUGGCUGGUGCAUUCAUCCUGGGCUAUGCUGCAGACAGAUAUGGCAGAAUCCUCAUCUACCUGCUGUCCUGCCUUGGGGUUGGGAUAUGUGGUAUCAUAGUGGCAUUUUCACCAAAUUUUACUGUAUUUUUGGUCUUCCGUUUUCUCCAAGGCAUGUUUGGCAAGGGAACCUGGAUGACAUGCUACGUGCUGGUGACAGAGAUCGUUGGUUCUGAUCAGCGGAUUGUUGGAAUCGUGAUUCAGAUAUUCUUUACCCUGGGAAUUAUAAUUCUCCCUGGAAUUGCAUACUUGAUUCCCACCUGGCAGGGGAUCCAGCUGGCCAUUUCACUGCCCAACUUCCUCUUCCUGCUCUACUAUUGGGUGGUUCCUGAAUCUCCACGUUGGCUCCUGACACGCAAAAAGGGAGAGAAAGCAUUAAAAAUCAUGCACGACAUCGCCAAACACAAUGGGAAAUUUCUCUCACCACAUUACUCAGAGAUAACUAUUAGCAACGAGGAGGUCAGUAACCCCUCCUUUCUUGACCUGGUGAGGACUCCCCAGAUGAGGAGGAACACAUUCAUCUUGAUGUAUGCCUGGUUCACAAGUGCCCUGAUCUACCAAGGGCUUGUCAUGCGCCUGGGAAUUAUCGGAGGAAACCUCUACCUAGACUUCUUCAUCUCAGGAGCUGUGGAGCUGCCCGCUGCUUUCCUAAUCAUAGUGACAAUUGAUCGCAUUGGCCGGCGCCUGCCCUUCGCCAUGAGCAACAUCGUGGCAAGCAUUGCAUGUCUCAUUACUGCCUUCUUGCCAGAAGAUAUUCCAUGGCUCAAAACGACAGUUGCCACACUGGGAAGACUGAGCAUCACAAUAGCUUUUGAAGUUGUCUAUCUAGUGAACAGUGAAUUGUACCCUACGACACUGAGAAACUUUGGUGUCUCCCUGUGUUCAAGUCUGUGUGAUCUAGGUGGGAUCAUAGCCCCAUUCCUGCUUUUUCGAUUAGCAGCCAUUUGGUUGGAGCUACCUCUAAUUAUUUUCAGUAUUCUUGCAGCUGUCUGUGGGAUCCUAGUAUUGCUUUUGCCAGAGACAAAGGGAAUCUCAUUACCAGAGACAGUGGAGGAUGUGGAGCAGCUUCCAAGUCAUUUUGGAAAAUGUGGCAAGAAACGGAAACACCGGGACACCAACUCUUACAUUUGAUUUUUGAAGGACAGCACUGAGCUAAGAACUUUGUUCCCAUAAUGGGAAUUUGUUCUCCACCUGCCACCACUUCAAAAUUUGCUGCAGAAUAUGGAUUAAACUUCAUGUUCUUCUUCUAAGCACAAGGACAUUUAAUACAAGUAGUGUAUUUUUCUAUGAAUACGGAAUAAAUUCUUUUUUUUUUCUGAGUAAACUGUUUGCAAGAAGGCACUGUGGUUCUUCAGAGAGAACAAACAGCUUUAAAAAGAUGCACUGUCCAGCUCAGUGCCCUUGUAUUUAUUUCUUUAUCUGAGACAUUUGUUUAUUGUUUUGUUAGGAUUUCUGUUUGGGUGGGAAGAGUUUAAACAGUACUGCUUGUUUAAGAUUUAGAUGACCUUGAGGAGGAGAGGAUGACUAUUUCAACCUGACCUCCUUUGCCCCUAAAGAAUUUGGACAAACAGAAGACAUGAUAGCUCAGAAAGGAGGGUACUGAUCAGGGUGAUCAGACCUUUCCCUGGUUGGGAAGGCUGGGAAUCAGCAGUGUGCAUCAGGAGAACUUCUCUAUGGUCUGAUUGUCAUCCAUAGGGACCCUUUUCAACAAAAGCCCUGCUUCCCUCCUUGUUCAAGGGCUUUCUGAAAUGCAGCAGCAGUCCUCCUCGCCUUUCCAGGGCUUUAUGUAGGGUUAUACCCUGCAGAGGGCAUUAACUCUGUGGGACAGACUGUCCUGCUGCCCACUAGUGCCUUUCCCAGACACAGCUGGGGUUCAUGUGACACCCCUCAUAUCUCCAAGGGAAGGGAUUCUCCCUGCUCUCCUCUUUUAAAUGCUUUUCCAAACACCUCUCUCAAGAGCAUGCUGAUUUUUUCCUUUGCAAAUCAUGCUCUCUGCCCAUCCCUACAAACCAAAUUCCUUUACCCUACCACUGCCAAGGUGACCUGCAAUUUCUGUCUUCUGUUCAUUAUCACUAUUUGCCAUCUUUCUGUCCUGGGGAUAAUUUUUUUGGGCUGUUGACAGAGAUGUUAAGCUGUCUUGGGCAGGGCUGAGACAGGAGCUUUGGUUAUGGAGGGAAGUGUUAACUGGUCCUUUGAAGACGAUGUAACAGAGUAACUCUCUGGCUCUGCAAGCGGAUUCCAGGGACAGACUGCUUUUCCUUUCUCCUGUAUGACCUUCAUCAAGAAUGGUGUCCUGGCCACUGGCUGGUGAACAAUACACUCCUUACAGGGAAGGACUUGAAAAGAUGUGGCAUUCAAAAGGUAUCCUGUUACCAACAGAGAAAUAAAUAAACAAAAGAAAGUCAGUGAGCAGUGGUUAAGGGCCUUAUAAGCUCAGAAAAAAACGUAUUUAGCCUAAGCAAAUAUAGGACUGAGUUUGGAAGGUUCAUACCACAAAUGAGUAGCACUAUAGUACAGUCAGUGAAACUCAAUGACCACUGCUCCAGUCUUACAAUCCUAAGAGCACACAAGGAUUUCCUAUGGUAAGGAAUAUACUGUAAUUUUCAACAGUUCCCAACUCUCCCUGCCUUUACCCAGCAACUGCCCUUAUCAGCAGCCCUUCUGGAGGAAAACAGGACCUUUAAUAAUAAUCCCAGCCUAAUGUUUGCACACUUUAGGCAGUUAGUGAUAAAGGCCUGUCUUUCAAGGCUGUUUCUAACUUACUCUGAGGCAUGGUAAAGGUCAAAGGUAUGCUUAGCAAAAGUCAGUAAUGACUUAGAGAUAUGAAACUAAAUGAACAUCUCACAAUGUAUCCAGCUAAUCUAGAAGACAACCCAAGACUGGAGCUACUGAUACAGGGAGAAAACUUCUCCUACACCCUAUAGAUAGCUGAAGACAAUAGCCCAAGGCUGGCUGGUAGAGACCAGCCCUGAACUGGAAGCUUUGGGCUGGCACUGGCCAGAUGCUGUGUCUCAGUGCAGGGUGGAAAGUGCAGGCACCCAGCCACAAAACUCAGCCCAGCCAACCCCUACUGAAGGCACCAUGGAGAACCAGGUGAAGUAAUCACAUGUGAUGCUGGAUGAGCUGAACCACUCUCUUCCAUUUAGUGUUUCUUCUUUGUGACUUCUUUUUUUUAAAAUCAGUGUCUUAAACACUUAAGCAGUUUGAGAAGGACUGCAGAGAUCUUUUAAAGCUUCGACUUUCCAAAUAAAUGUGAUUAAUAUUUGCCAGUUUCUUCUGUUUGUGGACAACUAAAACAUGUUGAGAAGUGAGAGAUGCAAAGACUUGUUUCUGCCUUUGAGAUUAUGCUUUGUUUUGCAUAGCGUUAUGUGUUGCUCAAAAGAUAAUAUAAGUGAUAAAUUUUGAUAGGUGAAGUGGCUAGGGGCAGUGUCAGAAUGUUUAAUAUAUUUAUUUCUUAAAAAUUAAUUUUGUAAAGGACAGCAGAAAAAAGCCUGUGCGUAUGUUUUGACUUCUAAUCUAGUAGCAGUUAGCAACUUCAGGUGGUGUUUGUAUUUGAUAAUUGCUCCUGUGCUAACUCUUAUCCCUAACAGGGAUUUUGUAAACUGAAAAAUCCUCCCAUCUCUGUGAGACUUUGUGCUGCCUCAUGAAGGUGCAGUGGGUAUGUAACGUGGGGUAUGGCCAGCGGUUUGGUGACAGUGGGGUUCCACUCCUGUGGGCGAGGGAGGACAGAUGAGGUGGUGGAACCAGAUGAAGAGCUUCAGUGAAGGAGAACCCCAAGGAAAACCAGCUGCACGGAGGUGGAUGCACGUGGGCAUGCAGACCACAGGACAGGCUGUUUGUUUAAAAAAAGUUAUUCUAAAUUCAUGUGUGCCUCAAAGCGCUUAAUACUUACAGGGAUGUCCUACAAGCUUCUCAGGAGGCACAGCAGUGUUUUCCUAAGGUGCAUGUGCUGACAGUAAAAUGGCUAUUGUGACCCAGCUCACUCAGUGAGAGGCAACUCUUCAAGGAGGGCCCUAACUCUGUCAGCUAUAGCUGUCCUGCAUGUGUAUCCUCCAGAGGCUCAGUGAGAGAUCUGAGGUACACAAGAGACAAAGGGUCACCACACCAUCACCAAAGGCACACGAACAAUGUGAGCUCAGAAACACAGCUGUGUUCUUCCUGCCAGCAAAGAGGUUUCUUGGACCAACAAGCAGGGGGAAGUGCUAUUUUGGGUCAAAUGUGCCACUGCCACCAAAUGUGCUGAGUUACUUCACCCAGACUGUGCAAAUGUUUGCUGCAGAAAGUGGCAAUUUUUAUUGCCGCUGACAGUCUGGCAGAAGGAAAAGAUCACAAUUGGCACUUUUUAAAGGGUUGUGAGGUGGGACUUUUGUGGCAACUCACGCAUGUCCAGGCACUUACCAUUUUGGCAAGGAGAGCAGGGCCAAUGGUUUCUCUGUCUACAAGCCAGGUAUUAACCAUGCAUUCAAGAGUUCACAUCUGAAGAGCUUAACAAAUCACAGACCAAGCUGCAACACAGAAUUUCUGUUGCCAGGGAAGUAUUGUACAAAUCUCUUGGCUGGCUUAAUGAUCAAAGUGGAUAUAUAUGGAAAAUAUGCAGGAGGGUAUUUGUGUUCAGUGAAUCCCUCUGACCAGACAGGGGGGUGGGAUGUGCUUUAUCAGAGCUACUCCUGCUCAGGAAGGCACUGCCCUGAGAUGAUUGCAUCUCCCAGAAUCAGACUCCAGGUGUAGAAACUUCAAAAAUCACCCUGCCACCUAACUAUGCUUUAUAAUUCUCAUCUCCCUUUAAGGCAAUGUGAGAAAACACCAAACCAAACCAAAACUCCUAGGAUACAAAACAUCCCUUCUGUAUGUACAGGCAUACAAAAACAUAAAGACAAUUUAAAAAUGAUGCACAGUUUGGCUUGUCUGGGAGUGCACCUCUCCAGUGCGUAAAAUGGACAAGACAAAUCCCACCUCAGGAGGGGAUUACUGUUACUUGGAGUAGACUCAGCACAUUCUGGGGAUGCAGGAAGGAUGCUACACAGAGCUGGGGGUCCCCAGAUGCCUGUGGGGAGCUCCCUGGUUUAUAUGCAAGAGAGUCGGGAUGUGAGCAGGAGUUCAUAGUCAGCAAUUGUUUCACCUUGGCAAGCAGGAGUCAAGCUUUUCCUGGAAAGCAUUUCAAAAGGUUUAAGCUUUCACUUCCUAUAACCACAUGUGUACAUAAUCUUCUUUUAGAGAAGAAAAAUGUACAUCUUACAGUUACGUAGUCAGAUAAUGCUAUAAAAAGAAAUAAAUGGGUACUGUGGACAACUAAAUUUUAUAAUAUGUAAAUGCAUUGUCACUACUUGUGGUAAUCAUUGAUAGCUAUUUUCCUUUCUUGCUAGGGACUAACUUCAGGGUCAGGCUGUUUUUUAUUCACUGUUUUAUAUCUUUGAUGCAACAUUUAUACUUUUGCUGACACAUGUAUUUCCAUGACAAUAAAAAAUACAAAAACACAAA